UUGGUGUGACCUCGAGUGGUGGUGAUGGUGGUGGGUCAGGUCGCGACCCAUGACGGGGAAGGCUUAGGAGUGUGCAGUAUAUAAGGAGUCCAUUAGGCAGUUCCCAGCACUUGCCUUCACUCCUCCUCAUCGAGAACACCAUGAUUAAGAUAGCCGCGUCCUGUCUCCUUCUGGCAGGGGUCGUGCUCUCCAAGUACAGUUACGUGCCCCCUUCAACCCCGUCCGUCUUUUACAGCGUGCCCAGCACUACCCCUCCCACAACCACGCCUCCGCGGUCUCACACACCCAUGGAGGGCAUGCCGUAUGACUUCCAGUACGUCGUACAGGACCCGGAGAGCAGUAACACCUACAGCCACGUGGAGAACAGUAACGGCAAAACCACGCAGGGACAGUACCGCGUCCUGCUGCCUGACGGACGCACCCAGGUGGUGACCUUCUACGAUAAUGGCGAUGGAUUCAACGCUGAUGUCACCUACAUAUAGAAGGGACCCCCACGCGCCCACCACUCCACCACAUGACCAUCCCACUGCGCCCCUCCCCAUGUAUGUCUAUCUAGUCUCGGCCAAACUCACCUCAGCCCCGUCCCAGUCUUGCCCUAGCCUUGUUCCAGCCCCGUUCCAGCCCCGCCAAAGUCCCGCAAGUCCUCGCUCUCGCCCCUCCACACAGCGACCCCCUCCCGCCACGCCAUAAGGACAUGAUGCAGUAGUCGAGGAUAGAACUUGGAGUAAAUGGAGUUCUUUUCAUUCCCUCCCUCGUGAUUGCUCUCCUAUUCCUCCCCCCCCACAAGCCUCCGAAAUUCAUGCCCUCUCCUCUUCCCCUUUGUACCUUCAACCGCUACGUAAUUAAGUGUACAUUCGAGAAACUCAGUUAUCUACAUUAUAUUUAUCUGUUAUAGAAAACGUUUGAUAAAGAUUACUUGCAUUCAAAACUCUCAUAAAAAAAACACAUCAAGGAACAAAAUGUAUUGAUGUCAUGUUUGCUUUGUCAGAUUUCGAAAAAAGCUACAAUAAAAAGGUGCUAGCAACUUUAAAAACUCAUUAAAAAUAUGUAUAGAAAA